AUGGUAUCGGGGCUCCCAGCUGUCAGGUGGUUCCGUGACUUCCCCCCCAGUGUGGGGAGGUUUGUGGAUGAGCCCAAGGGUCACACGUGGCCUCUCCCAGAGGAAUGGCCCCUGUGGGACCCUAUCUUAGAGGGCAGCGGUGCUGGCGUUGCCAGUAGUUUUGGGAACUGCAGCAGGGUGGAGAUGGGCAUGAAGAACCAUGAAAUAGUUCCUGCUAGCUUAAUUGCCUCCAUUGCCAGCCUUAAACACGGGGGCUGCCAUAAAAUACUGAGAGAGCUGGUGAAGCACAGACUUCUGGCUUAUGAACGAACUAAAACUGUCCAGGGUUACCGCUUAACUAACGCCGGGUACGAUUACCUUGCUCUGAAAGCUCUGUCUGCCCGACAGGUCAUAACCUCUGUUGGAAACCAGAUGGGUGUUGGCAAAGAAUCAGACAUUUACAUUGUUGCAGAUGAAGAGGAGCAGCACUUUGCAUUGAAGUUACACAGGCUGGGCAGGACUUCCUUCCGCAGCCUGAAAAACAAACGUGACUAUCACAAGCACAGGCACAAGAUGUCCUGGCUGUAUCUGUCCAGACUAGCAGCAAUGAAGGAGUUUGCCUACAUGAAGGCUUUGCACGACAGAAAAUUUCCUGUUCCAAAACCUGUGGACUACAACAGGCAUGCAGUUGUGAUGGAGCUGAUUGAUGGCUAUCCUCUGUGCCAGGUGCGCCAGAUGGAAGAUCCUGCCUCUCUCUACAGUGAAUUAAUGGAUCUCAUUGUAAAACUGGCCAAUCAUGGUUUGAUUCAUGGUGAUUUCAAUGAAUUUAAUCUCAUCUUGGAUAAUGAUGACCAUGUCACUAUGAUUGAUUUCCCUCAGAUGAUCUCAACAUCCCAUCCAAAUGCUGAAUGGUAUUUUGACAGAGAUGUGAAGUGUGUUAAGGAGUUCUUUAAGAAACGCUUCAACUAUGAGAGUGAGCUCUUCCCAGCAUUCAAAGACAUCAGGAGAGAGUGUUGUCUUGACAGGGAGAUUGCUGCCAGUGGCUAUACAAAAGAAAUGCAGGAAGAUGAUGAACUACUAUACCCACCAGGUUCUGAUGAUAAUACAACAGAUGUAGCAGAAUUGGUAGAAGAUGCAGAGAGUACCCUCAGCUUCUUGACAGAUAAAGAAAACAAUGCAAACUUCAUGUGUGAAGUGGGUAAUUUCUCUGAAAGGAAACCCUCUGAGGACUUCACAUAUAGCAAUGAAGAGGCUGUUACAACUGAAAGCAGUGAAAAUACACAAAGGUUGGAUGUAUCAAAGUUGAGUUCAGCAUUACAAGAAGCUGAAGGGCAAGCUGUGCUCUGGAAGUCUGGUGAAGAAGGUGCAGAGAGUUCUGAACUUGCUUUUCUUGAGGGCAGAAGCACAACUGAGAACACUGCUGAAGCCAAAAAUCAGACGUGGCAAGAAGAGCACUGUAAUGAUAAGGAGAUAGAAGGAGAAUGCCCUGAGCUGGUUGACUUGUCCAGUUUAAAUGAGAAAUUCAGGUAUGACAGACAUGAAGAGGGUGUCAUGCAUCUUGCUGAGCACAGAACAAGGACUGCAAGUCCCACAUCUGUCAGAAGUGUUGGGAGCUGUUCAACCAUUCCAGUGGAGCUGGUGAAACAGAAGGUAAAACGUCAACUGAGCAAACAUCAGAAGGCUGCUCUGAGGCAAAGGCUGCAGAAAGGAGAGGCAAAUAUUUACACCAAACAACGUCGGGAAAAUAUGCACAACAUUAAGUCAAGCUUGGAUGCAGCUAGUUUCUGGGGGUAA